AGUAUGUACAAGAGGAUGGAAAGUCGGUGCCAAUGCUCAAAAACCUGGCGUCAAAAAAUUACAAUCUGGUCAACUACGAGAAAGGCAAACAAUUGUACGCUCAAGAUUUACGUCAACUUCUUUGUGAAGCGAAUUGCUUUUGUAAAAAGAAAUGGGUACCGUACAACAACGACCAGUGGAACGCACCACAAGGUGGAUGCUACUAUCCGCUAAUGAUUCCUUCAAUUCAGACAAUCAAAGGUGCAUUUCGUGCUCAAACCGCCAAGGAGAUAUCAUGGACCGCAAAUUUCCCUGCACGAUCACUAGAUAGUACCAAGAUCGGCAGAUUUACAAAAUGGGCGAAGGGCCAUCCAAAUACCAACAAAGGUGAAUGUGUCUACAUGCAGCAGUACUCAGAUUCCAAAUCUGCAUGGUAUUCCGAUGACUGCUACAACGAUCAUUACUACAUCUGCCAAACAAAACCAUGUGACUCGUCCAAGUACUGUGCCGCUGGACUUGGCAAUGACGAUUCUGAUAGCUGA